GGCUCCGAUCAUAAUAUUUAACACACACACCCUGGAUGAACACUUUGAAGGAAGACAAGGCGCUGUAAAGGAGGGAGUGGGCAUAUGACAAGCAGGAUCCCUGCACCUGCCAGCCAGUCUCUGAUUUGACUUCAACGAGACAUCAGAGCGGGACAGCAUCCAAGCAUCUCAGCGGAUCAACUAUCUUUAUGGAAUUUCACUUUUUUUUUAAUCAUCCUAAAUACAAGGAAGGCUGUGUUUCUGCGGACUAUGUCAAUCCCUCCUGUUACUUUCCCCCCAGUUAUGACACAUUUGACAUCUCACUCCGUGCUGGCAACGAUAGAAGGAAGCAGAUUUAAGGAAGAACAUCGGUGUUUUUAACUGGAACCCACUCCUUCCUCCUCCUUUCUGGUUCAUUUUCUUAACGAUUUAUUUAGGGUUCCGUCCUCCUCACACUGUAUCCUGCUCAACAAGGCAAUGAAUGAGACGCACUUCUUGAGCUGCUGCCAGUGAAGAGUCCACAGCCCACAAUGGGUCAGUCCACCUGUCUGACUGGGAAUGAAGAAUUUGGACUAUUGUAAAAAAUAAAGACUGAGCACAUCAUGGAGUUGAUACGCUGACAUGCAUUGUGUGUGCAAUGAUUACAGUACAACUGGAAGCCAACAUUGCUGCUUUGUCAUCGCAUAACAGUGUUGGACGUCAAUGUCGGUGACUGUAAGGUGCGCUGCUCUUAAAGCUUUCUCUGCGUAAGGAAAAUACAUUUUAAGAUGAUUUUGUUUCGAAAAUUCCGAGUGUUGAUACUCAUGGUGUUUCUGGUCGCGUGCACAAUGCACAUCAUGAUAGACUUGUUACCGAAACUAGAGAAGCGGGCGGCAGGAGCGGACAGCGGGGACAGCGGCUGUCAGUGCGCUCAGCACCCGGGCGGGGAGGCGCAGGGCUGGGGGAAGCAGCGCGCCAGGUCGGCGGCGGAAGCGGGCUGGCCUAACAAACACACGCUGAGAAUCCUGCAAGAUUUCAGCAACGAGCCAAGCUCCAACCUCACGUCGCAUUCCCUGGAAAAGAUCACAGCAGCUGCCGGUGACAGAGCCGAGUCCUUCCGGCGGAUCAGACCGUCAGGAGGGAAGGUGGAGGACCACAAGCCGCUCAUCGGAGACGCCAGCUGGGGUCGAACCGUCCCUGCCCACGGUGUCUCCCGACUGACCGCUCUCUUUGAACAUCCUUUAUACAAGGUUGACCUUCCAUCCUUCACGAACGAUGACACUUUGUUCAACCUCAACACUGACAUCAGGCUUUACCCCAAAGCAACAGGGAACGGAGGAUGGCACAAUGAGGAGGGGAACGAGGAGGAGGAGGAGUUCUCUCCGACAGGAGAGGUGAUGGCAGAAUCUUACCCCAACUGGUUACGUUUCCACAUCGGCAUCAACCGCUACGAGAUGUACUCCAGACACAGUGUUGUGCUGGACGCCCUGCUGAAGGACCUCGCCUCACAGAGGAUCACCAGCGUCGCCAUGAAAUCGGGAGGCACCCAGCUGAAGUUGAUCAUGACUUUCCAGAAUUAUGGACAAGCGCUAUUCAAGCCCAUGAACUCCUCUUCACACGACAGCAGCGGUGGCAGGUCAGAGCUGCACAGGAGUUAUUUUUCUGUCUCCUAACUAUGCAUUUUAAUUCCAAG